CUGCCUCCUCAUUUCUUUUCCCCAACAACCCCGCCAACAUUUUUCGUUUUCCUCCCAAACAAAGCCAAAACCCUAACUAGUAAGUAGUAACUCCCUAGCAACGAGCCAAAGCCAGAUCUGACCAUCGACGGCCCACGGCCAGUCGGCCACCGUGACGGCGUGACACCGUCUCUUCCGUCUUCCCCACCGCGACGGCGAACCAGCCGGCAGCAAGCCAGCAACCUUUCCGAAUUCCGGCCGCUUGAAAAUUGAAAGAGCCAAAUAUUAUUGUCCUAUCGGCUUUCAUCCUCUGGGAUCAGUCCUCUGAGUACCAUCAACAGUUCACUACUGCUGCCAGGAACAGACAGAGAUGAACAAAAAGAAGAUAUUUAAACUUGCAAAGGGUUUUAGAGGUAGGGCAAAGAAUUGCAUAAGGAUAGCAAGAGAGAGAGUGGAGAAGGCGCUUCAGUACUCUUAUAGAGAUCGCCGCACCAAGAAGCGUGAUAUGCGCUCUCUUUGGAUUGAACGCAUCAAUGCUGGAACCCGCCAACACGGCGUAAAUUAUGGCAACUUCAUGUGUGGGUUGAUGAAGGAGAAUAUUCAAUUAAACAGGAAGGUAUUAUCAGAAUUGGCCAUGCAUGAGCCUUAUAGUUUCAAGGCUCUAGUGGAUGUAUCGCGCAAUGCUUUUCCGGGAAACAAAAUAGAAUCCAAAAAGGUAGGCCUUGCUGCUGUUCUGUGAUGGGGGCCGUCUUCCUGUCUCUCCUUCGUUCUUUGUUUCACCUUCUGGACCAACCUUUUCAGUCUCCAAAUUUUUGUCUUGAAGGCUGAGGAUCUGAAUGCUUACAACUUGGUUAUCUUCUCUCUUGUUUGCUUUAUCUUCAAAGAACUAUAUAGAAUUUGAUUUCCUGCAAUAAAUCAGAGUUCUGUCA